GAAAUUUCUCCUCUUGAUCAUCUCUGAGAUUCUCAAGAAAUGGAUUCUUCUAGGACGAUUGACGGCCGGAGAAGAUUUCUUACCUACCCAAAUGGCCCCAAAGUUGUUUGGACCAAGCUCCAAGUGCCUUUGGGGGUGGAGCUGGACACUGACCACUGGGCUGGAUAUUUCCAACCGCUACUUCACGCCGAAGGCCACAAAAGCACAGUAUGGGCCAAAGUGCAGGGAAGUACUGAUCUCGUCAUUCUAGCAACAUUAUGGCACACUACCUCAGAACUAAGGGAUUUUAUGGCGUCCCCUUCAGCCCAGCUUUAUACGGAGAGUCUUGCCAGUAUAGGAAUAAUACCCCUUGUCUCUUAUGAGACUAUCCCCAAAGGUACAAUAUGGUUUCGCGCAUUACCUCGAUCAUUCACCCAAUUAUUUUGGGUCUACUUUCCAGCACCUAUGACACAAGCCCAACAGGCCCAGAUUACUAGCCUAAAGGGGAUGCUCCCGCCUGCCCUCGGAUUUAGUAUGCCGCGAAAUCUGUCAGUGCAAACACAUAUUCCUGCUCAAUCAUGGGCUACUCAGAUAGAAGAUUUGCAUGGACAAAAAGCCCAAUUAGUGCUGUGGCUGCAUUUAUGGCGGGAUGCAAGGAAGGCCGAAUGGAGGCAUUUAUCGAAGGGCAACGAAACUUCAAUGGAGGAAUUUAUUGAGGACUUGGAAAAAGUUGGCGCCAUAGAAUGGAAAGAAGAUUUCUAUGAAUUUAAGACACUGCUUCGUCUUUAAAUCCUGUUGGUCGUCUUAUUUCUUUUCUCUUACUUUGUCUGAAAUUGUAUGUCCAAAAUUAUGUAUAUAGAGCAUUCUCUAUUUACAUAGCGGAAGUUGUUUUGUUUAUCUUUCUAAGCUAGUGUAAAUACCUAUAGGACUAAAUAGUCUAACCUAGAAAGAAAGAAGAUGCCUGUGUCAUGG